AUGGGGUGUCAGUCAGAACUCACCUUACAGAUGUUGGGGGCUUGCUCAGAGUCUGGGGGUUUUCCUGGCUCCAAGGUACUCACUCCGCCCCUGCUGCUCUGGGCGGCGCUAGGGACCGGCCUGGAGGAGGAGGGAGGGGGUGAAGACCACCUGACUGCCUUUGAAGAGGACAGCAUCCCACUGGUGGCCAGACGGCCCUGUGAGAACCCCACUGAGGCCUGGAGAGGGCCCUUGUGCACAGGCCCCUGGGAGCACUGGGACUAUGUCUUCGUGGCAGACCUGCGCCUGUCCCCAAAGCAACGUGAUCGGCAGCAGCAGUACCUGCAGCAGCUGCAGAGACGGGGCUUCCGGUGCAAGGUGGCUCCUGGCCAUGGGCUCAGGGAAAUGAAAGACAGCCAUAACCAAUACUUUGGAAUCCAAGCCAUGAAAGAGGUCUUCCUCCCAUACUGCAAGCUUCUCAUGGAGCCCGAGGGGCCGGUGCUCAGUGCCCUGCCAGCUGAGAAGGACCUCACCCUGGACACCACAAGGAUCUGCAUCAUGCACACCUUCAUCAACAACAUCAAGACAGCAGAUGGGGAGACCUUUGAGCAUUUGAAGAAGGACCACGUCUUCCAGACUGGAUUUUUCCUGCAUAAGGUGGGAGCUUGCCAUGGGGCAGAGCAUGGAACAGGACCUGGAAGGGAGGCGAACCUCAGGAAAUGGGCCCAGUGGAGAAGUAUGUUCUGCAAACAGCCAAUUGAUGACAUCAGGAGUUACUUUGGCGAGAAGGUGGCGCUGUAUUUUGCCUGGCUGGGCUGGUACACCUUAAUGCUGAUCCCUGCUGCCCUGAUGGGCCUUGCCGUCUUCCUGAGUGGUUUUGCCCUCUUCAACGCCAGCCAGAUCAGCAAGGAGAUCUGUGAGGCCAACCACAUCCUCAUGUGUCCACGUGGAGACCACCUCCUCAGGUACCAGCGGCUCUCCGAUACCUGCACCUUUGCUAAGCUCACCCACCUCUUCGACAAUGAGGCUACUGUGCUGUUCGCCAUCUUCAUGGCUCUAUGGGCCACUGUGUUCCUGGAGUUCUGGAAGCGGAAGCGCUCUGAAGUGGUCUUGCACUGGCACCUGUAUGGCUGGGACGAGGAUGAGGAGGAGAUGAUGCUGGAGCUGAUUUUCUGCCCUGAAUACCAGCCCAAGAAGCACAGGCACUCCUACCUGUAUAACAUCCUCAUCCUCGCCCUGUCUCUGGUCAUGAUCUGCUUCAUGAUUGGAAUGGCCCAUUUCCUGGUCAUCUACCGUGUCCUGGUUGCUGCCCUCUUCAGCCACUGGGCCUCACCUGUCUUGGCAGAGCAAGUGACCACAGCCGUGGUGGUCUCUGGGGCCCUCAUGCACUAUGUGACGAUUGUGAUCAUGACCAAGGUCAACAGGCGCGUGGCUCUGAAACUCUGUGAGUUUGAGAGUCCCAGGACUGUCUCUGAGCGCGAGAGCAAGCUCACAGUAAAGUUCUUCAUGCUGCAGUUUUUUGCCCACUUCUCCUCCCUGGUCUACAUCGCCUUCAUCCUGGGCAGGAUCAACGGUCACCCUGGGAAGUCUGUGCGCUUGGCUGGCCUGUGGAAGCUGGAGGAGUGCCAUCUCAGUGGCUGCAUGAUGGACCUGUUUGUGCAGAUGGCCACUAUAAUGGGGCUGAAACAGACACUCAGCAACUGCGUGGAGUACCUGGGCCCGUGGCUGCACAACAAGUAUCGCUGGUACAAGCACGGGCCCCCAGACCCCAACCCCGAGCUCAAGGACUGGCAGAGCAACUACCUCCUGGGCUCUGUCACCAUCUUCAGCCUGUUCGAUGAGUUCAUGGAAAUGAUGAUGCAAUAUGGCUUCACCACCAUCUUUGUGGCUGCCUUUCCACUGGCCCCGCUGCUGGCCCUCUUCAGCAAUGUCGUGGAGAUCCGCCUGGACGCCAUUAAGAUGGUCUGGCUACAGCAGCGCUUGGUGCCCCGCAAGGCCAAGGACAUUGGGACAUGGCUGCAGGUGCUAGAGACCAUUGGUGUGCUGGCUGUCAUCGUCAAUGGACUGGUCAUCGCCUUCACCUCUGAGUUCAUCCCUCGAAUGGUCUACAAGUACCGUUAUGGCCCCUGCCAGCACAGAGCCUCCAAUCCUCCAGUAGACUGCCUCACAGGCUACAUCAACCACAGCCUGUCCGUGUUCCACACAAAGGACUUCGAGGACCCCCUGCAGAUAGAGGGUUCAGAGAAGGUGACCGAGUGCAGAUACCGGGACUACCGCAACCCACCACCUGACUACAACCUCUCUGAGCAGUUCUGGUUCCUGCUGGCCAUCCGAAUGGCUUUCCUCAUUAUCUUCGAGCAUGUGGCCUUGUGCAUCAAACUCAUUGCUGCCUGGUUUGUACCUGAUGUCCCGGGGGAAGUGAGCAACACAGUUCUGGAAAGCAAGUUUUUGAGAGUUCAAGAGAAGAUGAAGUACCAGCAACACAGAACUCCCCAGGAGGGGGCUAGCCCACCCUCUGCCUCCAGCUCAGGUCUCAAGACCACUGCGGUGAGGCUGCGCAGGAGAGUGAGUUGCCGCCUGGGGCAUAAGGCGAGCAGCGCCCGCCCUCUGUCCGGGCUGCGGGGCGGGGCUGCACCUGCUGCCCUGACACCGGCGCAGUGCGUCCCUGCCGCGGACCUGGCCCAGGUGAGCCGCCCCGCCCCCGAGGUCGCACGAGCCCAGACCCGGCAGCAGGGGCUUCCUGGAGCCUCCCCUGGGAAGGAGCGAGGCGAGAAGGCACCGCGGCGGUGGGGACCCCUCUUCCCACCCCAAGCCCUGAUCCUAAGCCUGCGGCCUCCUUGGGCGCCAAAAUCCAACCCGGAAACGCCACAGGCUGGGGCGCACGGGCGGAGCUUCCGCCACGCGCGCCCUCGACCCCCAGAUUCCCACGAUCAAGUAGAGGAGGGGCGUGGGGUUGGCCACAGUGAGCGCCCCUCGGCACCUCGGCCUGCGAGCCUGCUCCUCUUAAUGCCGUCCCCUGCCCACGAAAGUCAUUGGAGACGCCGGACAGGCGGUGCAGAGAAAGCUAUGCCUGCAGGCUUUCUAGAAGCCACUGGGAGAAUGUUCUGGGGACACGCGGGAUCUUGUGGUGAAGAGGUCGGGGUUGGUGCUGGGGUCCUCCGAGUGAAGGGAGACGGCAGUGCGAAGGGGACUCCAAGGGGACAGCUUGGCCAGGAUGUGGACGCUGGCGCCUGCUGGAGCCUCCUGGGCGGUCUGAGUCGGCUUUGCCUCAGUGUCUGA